AUGCCUGCCCGCAGUUCAAGAAGCAGGCAGAAUACAACUCCUGUAGGAGAGGAUGGGGGUAACAGCAGCGAUGUCUCUAGCAAUACUGUCAAAAAGAUGUUGAAAUGUGUGGUGGUCGGUGACGGAGCAGUGGGUAAAACCUGUUUACUGAUGAGCUACGCAAACGACGCCUUCCCCGAGGAAUAUGUGCCAACUGUAUUUGAUCACUACGCAGUGAAUGUAACUGUAUCGGGAAGACAACACUUGCUGGGAUUGUAUGACACUGCUGGACAGGAAGACUACAAUCAGCUGAGGCCGCUUUCGUACCCAAAUACAGAUGUUUUUCUUAUCUGUUUCUCUGUGGUCAACCCAGCCUCCUACCAUAACAUUCAGGAGGAGUGGGUACCUGAACUAAAGUCAUGCAUGCCCCAUGUGCCUUACAUCCUCAUUGGUACGCAGAUCGACCUACGAGAUGAUCCAAAGACACUGGCUCGUUUACUCCAAAUGAAGGAGAAGCCCCUGACCUAUGAGCAGGGGCUGAAACUGGCCAGAGAGAUUGGAGCUCAGUGUUACCUUGAGUGUUCAGCAUUAACCCAGAAGGGACUGAAGGCUGUGUUUGACGAAGCCAUUUUAACAAUCUUCAGCCCUAAGAAGCCGAAGAGGGGCUGCGGACCCUGCAGGAGCUGCUGUACGAUUGCAUGA